GUUGGUGAGAUAUUUACAUAAUCGAUAAUCAUAGCUGUACUGCUCUAGACAGAAGAAAAUCCCUGUAACCGCAAGCAAUAAUUCUACUUUCGAUUCCAUUUCAAAAGCGAGUCAAGCACUGCUUCGAUCCGCCCCUUUAUCCUACGCACUCCUCCCUGCUUAUCCUGCGCACCCUUCACACCGUCGCCGCACCACCGCGCCUCGCUCUUGACUCUCUUCUCCGCAAUUUCGCUCUUCCGUUUCGUUUCAGUGGGAAAGAAUCAUGAGCUGUUUCAAUUGUUGCGAAGAGGAUGAUUUCCACAAGACUGCUGAAAGCGGAGGACCGUAUGUUGUAAAAAAUCCGUCAGGGAAUGAUGGAAAUCAUCAUGCUUCUGAAACUGCAAAGCAGGGUGGUCAGACUGUUAAACCCCAACCCAUUGAAGUUCCUAAUAUAUCAGAAGAUGAGCUAAAAGAAGUUACAGAUAACUUUGGGCAAGAUUCUCUUAUUGGUGAGGGAUCCUAUGGAAGAGUAUAUUAUGGUGUACUUAAAAAUGGUCAGGCUGCAGCAAUCAAGAAGUUAGAUGCUAGUAAACAGCCUGAUGAGGAAUUCUUAGCUCAGGUUUCAAUGGUAUCAAGGCUGAAGCAUGAAAAUUUUGUUCAGUUGCUUGGAUAUUCAGUUGAUGGAAAUUCCCGUAUUCUUGUUUAUGAGUUUGCAUCUAAUGGGUCUCUUCAUGAUAUUUUACAUGGCAGAAAAGGUGUUAAAGGAGCACAGCCUGGUCCUGUUUUGACAUGGGCACAGAGAGUGAAAAUUGCCGUCGGGGCUGCAAGAGGGCUUGAAUACUUGCAUGAGAAGGCUGAUCCCCACAUUAUCCACCGGGACAUCAAGUCAAGCAAUGUGCUAAUCUUUGAUGAUGAUGUUGCUAAAAUUGCAGAUUUUGAUUUAUCGAAUCAGGCUCCGGACAUGGCUGCACGUCUUCAUUCUACUCGUGUCCUUGGGACCUUUGGUUAUCAUGCACCAGAAUAUGCUAUGACCGGACAAUUGAAUGCUAAGAGUGAUGUGUACAGUUUUGGUGUUGUCCUUCUGGAACUCUUGACUGGAAGGAAACCAGUUGAUCAUACCCUACCACGUGGACAGCAGAGUCUUGUUACUUGGGCUACACCGAAACUAAGUGAAGAUAAAGUCAGGCAGUGUGUUGAUACAAGACUAGGAGGAGAAUACCCACCGAAAGCUGUUGCUAAGAUGGCUGCUGUUGCUGCACUAUGUGUGCAAUAUGAAGCUGAUUUCAGACCCAACAUGAGCAUUGUAGUCAAAGCUCUUCAACCAUUGUUGACUGCACGACCUGGACCUGCUGGUGAAACAGCAAAUUAAUCUCUCUGUAUCUCUUUCUCUCUAUAUCUCUAUAUCUGUGAGUAUGUGCACAAUUGUGCAUGCAAAAUAUAAGAGACUGCUUCAGAUGCUGGUGGUAAAUUACUCGAACAAGGCUUUUUGUCCUACUCUGCAUUCAUUUUGUUCAUAAUCUAUGAGGUCCUUUGAGGUUUUCUUGCUUC